CUUCCUAGAGAUAUUGAGGUAAUUGGCAAUGGAGCAGUGUUUCCUGCCACUGAAGGUAUCACCGGGCCCAAUCCAGCCAUUCUAAAGGACUUACUCCCUACUUCCUUUUAAUUCCUGCCAGAUAAUAUUCCAGCAAGUACAGCUUUAUAUUCUGCAACACGUGUUAGCUUCGAUAAAAAAUUGCUUUUAAUGAAGAUUAAAUUUGAAAGGACACAAAUAAUUAAAAAAAAAUACUGAUUGCAAGACAGAACUACCAGCACUGGCCAGCACCUGGAACAUGGAACGCAUGCGGCAUGACGACGGCUGUAAGCUGUGAGUAGAGUACAAUGCCUCCGGUCCGAUGUGUUUCUGUCCUUGUCUUAACUCGAAAACAUAAUACUGAAUAUAAUACGGGCAGUAACAACAACAGUAUGGUACGUAUCCUCUCUUGCUCUUACAUAUAUAAUAUUAAAUAGCCAAGCCGCUCUUUUGAGUUUGAGUAAAGUCCCAGUCCCACCAGUUCACCGUAUAGUAUCCUAUCCACUAUCCAGUAUCGUACCAGCAGUGACUCACACUUUACUUCUAUUCCCUUCAUCCCCUCCAAUCAUUUCUGUCCAUCUCGAUGCUUUACUUUUUACUUAUAUUCUUGUAUUGCUCCUACAUAUUACAUCUAACUCUGGAUUCAUAAUAAUCAUAAGAGAUACUCAGCUCCCACAUUAUAUUACCCACUCCAGUAUUUGGAGUUUUAAAAGUCCUACGAGUUGUGAGUAUUAGAUAAAAAUUCAUCAUCUCUAUAGAAGAGUAUCCAAUUAGUAGUAAAGUCUGGGUGGUACGAAAAUCCAUUUGCGGUUAUGAACAAAAAGAAGAAAUAGAAAGAGAAUCCAUACAGACUGGGAUUGAAUUGAAUGGUAUUGGAGAUUGAUAAGCGUUGGUGGGUUGGGGUGGAAAGAGCCGAACUAAAAGGAUUAAUAGAACGUCGAAGAAAAAUAAUGUGAGCAGUGGUUCUCAGAUAAAAAUAAUAAAAAAAAAGCCCUAAGGCAGUUCUCGUAAUCCAGAAUGUAUUGUAAUAGAUUGAACAGAAGGAUAAAAUGAGAGCUUUUAUGUGUCUUGACUGUUGAAAUAACAUAUAUGCUGUUAUCGGGUCAUGACUUGGGUGUAUAGCCAUCGAACGAAUGGGAGUAUGUGGGAGGAUGCGCGGUUUUUCAUGCGUGGGUGCUAGGGUUGUCGGCAGCGUACCAGCACUGAACAGUGUUGAUCAUAACACGGAAAAUCUACGAGGCUACCGCAAGUAAGCUCAGCUCUCUCAUGCUAUAACUAAAGUUAAUUUAAACUUGCCUUACAUUACCAGAGAGCUAUUUGGGUCAAUUACUUCAUUAAAAAAGUCUGGACUUGCUGAAAACUAAUGCGCAAUAUAAAAAAUUACUUUUUAUAUGGAUUGUCACUUGGGACCAGAUAUUUACAACUUUUUAGUGUCUUAUUAAUGUAAUGUCGGCGAUAUGCAAAUUUUAUAGUUACAAACAUUUUUAUAUAAGAGAUAAUAAGUAUGGGUGGUCAUCACUCACGAAGUGUGCCUACGCCGGGGGAGGAAGUGAACUUCAAUCACUUCCAAGUGCUUCGUGCAAUAGGGAAAGGAAGUUUCGGGAAGGUGUGUAUUGUAGAAAAGGGCGAACAUAGCGGAAAAAUGUAUGCCAUGAAAUAUGUACAUAAAUCAGAAUGCGCUAUGAGAGGUGCUUUAAAAAAUGUAACAAGAGAGGUCGAGAUAAUGUCGAAAUUGGAGCAUCCAUUUUUAGUCAACUUGUGGUUUAGUUUUCAAGAUGAAGAGGACUUGUUUAUGGUAACAGAUCUUCUUCUUGGAGGAGACUUGAGGUAUCAUAUUCAGCAGCAGGUUCACUUUUCUGAAGAAAGUGUAAUUUUGUUCAUUGCGGAGAUAGCUUUGGCAUUGGACUACUUAAAGAGUAGACGAAUCAUCCACAGGGAUAUUAAACCUGAUAAUAUCCUGUUGGAUGAGGAAGGACAUGCCCAUGUGACGGACUUCAACGUAGCAACCCAACUGGAGGACGAUCAAUUGGCGACAUCAAUAUCAGGAACAAAGCCGUACAUAGCUCCAGAAAUUUACAUGUGCUCAUGCGAGGUCCACGGUGGCUUUCAAUCCGGAUACGGUUACACGGUUGACUGGUGGAGCCUUGGUAUUUUAGCGUGGGAGACACUUGAAGGCGUCCGGCCCUUUCCUAUUCACUCUGGCACCAGUUACAAAGAAGCCCUCCGGAUACUCCAGGACUGUCGCCCAGUUCACCCGACAGAAUGGAGCCAAUCGAUGUCGCAAUUGCUAAACAGCCUGCUCACUCAGGACCCGAACCAACGUACCACCACUCUCUGUCAAUUGAAACAACUCCAAGCCAUGAAUAAAUUAGACUUUGAUAGAGUUUACCUCAAACAAGUAAAACCAAUAUUUACACCGUCCAAGAACCACCUGAACUGUGACCCGACCUUCGAGCUCGAGGAGAUGAUUAUUGAGGCUCGGCCGCUUCACAAAAAAAAGAAGCGACUUGCCAAACAGAGGUCAUUACGCAGUCAAGAGCUCGCUGAUCAAGUAGAAUCCAUGGCUGUUGUCAGUGGACCAACUUCCAGCAUCCCAAGCCAGGAUCCGACGGGUCUAGUUUUUAUUCCAGACUUCCCGGUGUACAAUAGAGAACGCGAACUGGAGCAACGGCUGAGGGAGGAGAAGGAAAAACAGUGGGAAGAGGAGCUACGCAUUGCUAUGGCUGAGAGUGAAAAGAAACUCAGGGAUCCCGAUCGUGAUAAACAACGAUCUCACAGCAAUCAACACUUUAGAAAUAGCAGCCGGUUAAGUGUCUCCUCAUCCAACAUUCACUCACGUAUUGAACGUGCCUCGUUACGCUCGAAUAAAAGAUCCGGCAUCGCAACUUCUUUGGAUAUUGAUUUUAUCGAUGCUAGUCCUGAAACGUCUACCUCCUAACAUAGACAACACAAACAUAAAUGUUUUAUUUUUUAAAUUUCAUUAUUAUGCUAAUUGUCACUUGGACUUAAUAUUAUUAUUAUUAUACAUAGAUAUUUAAUAAUAUUUACAUGGAGUUAAAAGGAAUUUAUUUUACGAAUUUUGGUAAGAAAUAUGAUAAAUGCUUUAUUGAAUUGACAUUGUAUAAAAUAUUUACGAGCACGUUCUUAUUUCGCUCACGUUUGUUUUUUGUAUUAUAUUAUUACGUACUAGUCACUCGGUACCUAAUUGAGUGAAGUACUAAAAUCAUAAAAUGAUAACGAUAUUUUAUUGAUAAAAAAAAAAAAAAAACAAAAAAAAACAAAAACAAAAAAGUA